CUCAGUGCAGCGGCUGCAGCGGGGGAAGAUGGCGGCGGCCGUUCCACAGCGAGCGUGGACCGUGGAGCAGCUGCGCAGCGAGCAGCUGCCCAAGAAGGACAUAAUCAAGUUUCUGCAGGAUCACGGUUCAGAUUCGUUUCUUGCAGAGCAUAAAUUAUUAGGAAACAUUAAAAAUGUAGCUAAAACAGCUAAUAAGGACCAUUUGGUUACAGCCUAUAACCAUCUUUUUGAAAGUAAGCGUUUCAAGGGUACUGAAAGUAUAAGUAAAGUAUCUGAGCAAGUGAAAAAUGUGAAGCUUAGUGAAGAUAAACCCAAAGACACGAAAUCUGAGGAGAAUCUGGAUGAGGGUCCACCAAAAUAUACAAAAUCUGUUCUUAAGAAAGGAGAUAAAACAAACUUUCCCAAAAAGGGAGAUGUUGUUCACUGCUGGUACACAGGAACACUACAGGAUGGAACUGUUUUUGAUACCAAUAUUCAAACAAGCUCAAAGAAGAAGAAAAAUGCCAAGCCUUUAAGUUUUAAGGUUGGAGUAGGCAAGGUUAUCAGAGGCUGGGAUGAAGCACUCUUGACUAUGAGUAAAGGAGAAAAGGCUCGACUAGAGAUUGAACCAGAAUGGGCUUAUGGAAAGAAAGGACAACCUGACGCCAAAAUUCCACCAAAUGCAAAACUCACUUUUGAAGUGGAAUUAGUAGAUAUUGAUUGAAAUAGCAGUGCUUCAGAGGUCCAGACAUUAUCAACAAUGAUAAGACUUGGCAUUGAAACUUAUAUAACCAAUUAGAGCUUAUUACUAUUAUAAGGGAAGUGUCAACUGGAAAAUUCAUUGUUGUUUACUUGAUCCCAGUUUUUGAGAAAUGUAAUCCCUUAUAAGUCAUAUAGUCCCAUGUAUUUUGCUAUAGCUGUGUAAAAUAUUAAAGAGAACUGUUUUUCCUUGUACCUUACAAUGUAAACUCAAAGGCUCAAUAAAAAGGUAUGAACCGGC